GCAGACACUUUCGUAUUUUUUUUUGACAACCCACGUGUCUUCGGUGUGAAAUCGACAGAGCUUCAGAAACUUCUCAACAAUGUUAAUUCAAAGCUCCAACAAUGUAAAAAUUUAUAAUUUAAGUGCUGGAAAGUCUUUACCAGAGUGGUUAUCAGAUAGAAAAAAGAGAGCCCUCCAGAGCAAAGACUUAGACAUCAGAAGACGUGUGGAGCUUAUUCAAGAUUUUGACAUGCCAGGGGUCAGCACCUCCAUUAAAGUCUCCAAGGAUGGAAGAUAUAUCAUGGCUACAGGCAUCUACAAGCCAAGAGUUCGCUGUUAUGAAGUGGCAAAUCUGUCAAUGAAAUUUGAAAGGUGUAUGGAUUCUGAGGUCAUCAAAUUUGAAAUGCUAUCUGAAGACUACAGUAAAGUAGUCUUCUUGCAAUGUGAUCGUUUUGUCGAAUUUCACGCGCAGUAUGGCCGCUACUACCGAACUAGAAUACCAAAAUUCGGAAGAGAUUUAAAGUAUCAUUAUCAGUCUUGCAAUCUCUAUAUUGUUGGGACAGGGCCAGACGUUUAUCGCCUAAAUUUGGAAGAAGGAAGAUUCUUAAACUCAUUUCAAACAGAAGCCACAACUCUUAAUGUUUGUGAUAUGAAUCCGUUUCACCAAUUGUUCGUCUGUGGCUCCAAAGAAGGAAAAGUAGAGGCAUGGGAUCCCCGCGCUAGAAACCGGGUUGGUGUUCUUGAUUGUGCUUUGCACGCAGUAACGCCUGACACGCAAGUCCUAGGUAUCCCUCAAGUCACGGCCGUCAAAUUUCGUGACGCAUUAACAAUGGGAGUUGGCACUUCGACUGGCCAGAUACUUCUUUACGAUUUGCGAUCCAAUCGGCCAACAAGAGUUAAAGAUCACCGAUACGGACUCCCCAUCAAAACCGUCGAUUUUCAUCAUCUAAACCAUGAUUUAGUUGCAUCGAUGGACUCGAGAAUAGUUCGCCUGUGGGAUCGAAAUACGGGUGAACCUUAUGUGUCCGUCGAAGCCACAUCGGAUCUUAAUGAUCUAUGCUUAGUACCCAACAGUGGGAUGAUGUUCAUGGCUACUGAAGACAAGAAAAUGCUAACUUACUACAUCCCGAAUCUGGGCCCAGCUCCACGUUGGUGUAGUUUCCUUGAUUCGCUAACAGAAGAAUUGGAAGAAGGAGAAACUGCCGCCGUUUACGACGAUUAUAAAUUCCUGACCGUUGAGGAGUUGCACGACCUGGGGUUCUCUCACCUAAUCGGAACCAACUUAUUACGAGCCUACAUGCAUGGAUAUUUUAUUGAUAUGCGACUUUACCGUAAAGCCAAAUCCAUCAUCGAACCUUUAUCACUAACACGAUAUAAACAAAAUAAAGUCAAGGAAACAAUUGAUCAACAACGUUCCAGCAGAGUUCAGUUACAAAAACUCCCUGCGGUAAACCGCGAGCUGGCGCUCAAGCUUAUGGAAGACACUAAGGCGGUUGACGAUGCUGAAGCAGUUGGAAAAAAGAGUGCUGCGAAAUUGCUCAUGAAAUCCAAUAUUCUGAACGAUUCGCGUUUCAAAGACCUUUUCGUGAACCCGAACUUCCAAAUUGACAAAUCCUCCGAAGAAUUCAGGUUACUUAACCCUGCAGUCUCACGUUUGGACAAAAUCCGAGAAAAACGUAUCAAAAAGGCUCUUGUUGAAGACCAGUUUGAACCCGUCGAGGGAGCAAGUGUACAGAAUCCACUUUUGGACGACGAGUUUUCCGACAGUGAAAGAAAGGGUCGCAAACGAACGAUUUCGCAAAGUGACGCCAGCAGUAGCAGCUCUGAUGACGAAAGUCUCAGAAAUGAAAUAAAGUUACAACAUAAAAUAAUCAGAGACGAAAAAUUUCAAAAGAGACGAUUAGAGAGAGAACAAGAGAAGCUCGAAGGGCCUAAGUUCAUGGCGCUUAAGCCUGGGCAAAAAUUUCAGGGUUUUCGCUCUGCGAACGACCAACCUAAGAAGAAACUGGCUAGGGCUUCUCUUGGUGAGAGAAUUCAUCUAGAGGAGGAUGUAAACAAGAUAAAGCUUGCUCCAUCUGCUGGGUCUAGAGAGAUGACAUUUACUCUUCCACAGAGUGAACGUGUCACGAAAGCCAGAGAACAAGCACAGCAUCAUCACGAAGAGCGUCGAAAAAUCAUACGAUCUGCCAACCAUUUGAGAACACGAGGACGCGGACGAGGUGGUCGUGGAAGAUUUUGAUAUAAAACUUUUGUCAAAUAAACAAGACAUAUUACGUU